AUCUUUCUGAAAACUUGCAAAACCUGAGAAGCUAGCCUGUUUAAAACAGGAAGCUGUGUAGUUUCCUACCUUACUAAUGUCUCUGAUCAGAUGGUAUCUCCGUUCCCUGAGUGGCGAGACCUAAGCUAUCACUGGACGCAUAAAGGACUUUGCUAAAUUAGCAGGGCCAAGAAAAAUGUCGACCUCUUUAGAUGGGACGGAGAGUGUGGAUGAGGCUUUCGGAACCACACCUUAUGACUAUGAUUGGUCAGUGCCAUGUGAAAAAAUCAACAUCAAGGAGCUGGCAGCCCAGUUCCUGCCCCCACUGUAUGCUCUGGUGUUUGUGAUUGGUCUGCUGGGCAAUCUGGUGGUGGUGGUGAUCCUCACGAAAUACAAGAGGCUCCGGAUUAUGACCAACAUCUACCUGCUCAAUUUGGCAAUUUCUGACUUGCUCUUUCUAUUCACUCUGCCAUUCUGGAUUCACUAUGUCAGGUGGAAUGAGUGGGUUUUUGGCCACUGCAUGUGUAAGUUCCUCGUAUGGCUUUAUUACACGGGCUUGUACAGUGAGAUCUUUUUCAUCAUCCUGCUGACGAUAGACCGGUAUCUGGCCAUCGUCCACGCUGUGUUUGCCCUUCGAGCCCGGACUGUCACUUUUGGCCUCAUAACCAGUGUCCUGACCUGGGUCCUGGCGGGGCUAGCAGCCCUCCCUGAGUUUAUCUUCCAUGGGGCCCUAGAGGAUUUUGGACAGUACAUCUGCCUUCCUUCUUACCCAGAAAAUGAAGAAGAUACCUGGAAACGUUUUCAUGUUCUGAGAAUGAAUAUCUUGGGUCUCGCUCUGCCUCUGCUUGUAAUGGCUGUCUGCUACUCAGGAAUCAUUAAAACAUUGCUGAGAUGCCCCAGUAAAAAAAAGUACAAGGCCAUACGGCUCAUUUUUGUCAUCAUGGUGGUCUUUUUCAUUUUCUGGGCACCUUACAACCUGGUUAUCCUUAUCUCCACUUUUCAAACGGUCUUCUUUGAGACCAGCUGUGAACGGAGCAAACAGCUGGACAUGGCCCUGCUGGUGACAGAGGUGAUGGCCUAUACGCACUGCUGCGUCAACCCGGUGAUCUACGCCUUUGUUGGCGAGAGGUUCCAGAAGCACCUCCGCCACUUUUUCCACAUGCACGUGGCCAUCUACCUGGGCAAAUACAUCCCAUUCCUUUCUAGCGAGAAACUGGAAAGAACCAGUUCUGUAUCCCCAUCAACAGGGGAGCAGGAACUCUCUGCUGUAUUUUAGAUCAGAUGCAGAAAAUUGCCUAAAGAAGAUGCACUGGGAAGUUGAAGCAAAUACGUUGUCAAUCACAUUGACCUCUACGCCAGUCCUUUGAACUUCCAGUGCAACGCUGAAGCUCUUGAAGACAUUAAAAUAUAUACUCAAGGAUGGCAGUAUAUUUAUGCACCCCAAAGUCAUUACCAGAGGUCAACGGCUGGGCAGCUUACUUAUCAUCAACCCUUAAAAGCAGAGCUUUGCUUGAUUCAAUGAAGAGUUAUAUAUGUUUUAAUGAAACUGAAUGUUAGAUAGUUACUAUAUGCAGCUACAGGCAGCUAAAACUUUUUAUAUUUUAAAACUUAACUUUAGCCAGCUAUUGAUAUAAAUGAAACAUCUUUCACAAAAUACAAUAAAUCAGC